CAGUCGCCAAAUAUUAAAGCGAGGUUAUGGAAUAAUUUGCACAUCAAAACAUUGGAUAUUGGAAAAUUGUAAUUUAUUGAAAGUAUUAGUUUUAAAGUUUCUCUUUAUCUAUAAAAUAUUUCCAAAAUGAGUUCAGGUUUCGUAACAGAGUCAGAAAUAGAAGAAGCUAGGAGAAAACGCCAAGAAGAAUGGGAGAAAGUGAGGAAACCAACGGAUCCACUAGAAAUGCCGGAGGAACCUUAUGACUCGAGAAGUUUAUUCGACAGACUUCAGGAACAGAAGCAAAAAAAAGAAUUGGAAUAUGAAGAAGCGCAUAAACUUAAAAAUAUGAUUAAAGGCUUAGACGACGAUGAAAUCGAAUUCCUAGAUCUUGUUGAUAGAACUAAAAUAGCAGCAGAUAGAAAAAAAGAAUUAGAAGAAGAAAAAGAGCUUAGUGAUUUUAGAAAUCGAGUUGCAGUACUACAAGAAAAAACUUUGGAUGAGAAAAUUAGUGAAGAAAAAAUUAUUGGCAAAGCUAAAGCUCAUCAAAAGACUAUUGUAUCUCAACAACAAAAAUUACUGAAAGGUGCAAUAGUAACAAAAAAAAGAAAGCUAUCUGAUAAUGAUCAGAAUAAUGAUAUAUCAAGUAAUGAAGACAGAGAAAAAGAAAAAUUAAAUAAUGGCGAACCUAUAUCUAAAAUCAAAAUCAUAGCACCUCCAAGUGGUUUGCAAUGCAUUGGGGUCUUGCCAGGAAUGGGUUCAUAUUCUGAAUCCUCUGAUAGUUCAGGUUCGGACUCAGAAAUUGAACCAUUACCGCCACAGAUUGACUUAGUUGGAAGGCAGAUCAAAAAAGAUGAGCCAGAAUCAUGAUCAAUAUGAUUGGUAAAUUUGAACUGGCACAAUUGACUUCCGAAAUAUGUGUAUUAAAUAUUUCUGAUUAGCUACGACUCCAUAGGAAUUUUUCUAUAAGAGUUUUUAAUUGACAAACAAAUUUAUUCAAAUGUAAAUAUAAGUGAAUUCAAUUGAAAAAUAUGUAUAUAAA